CCUCGAUGACAAACUGCAUCCCUUGACAAGAGAUCGCUGAAAGACAAAAACUAUAGUUAAACAGCUCGUGCCACGAGCGCGCUGUGGGAAGAAUGGACCGGCUAAUAGACGUGGCGGGCCUCUUGCAGGCUGCUCGCCAUGAUAUGAAGGUGGGCCAAAUGAUACACGGCGAGGCGUUCUCGCUGUUCGAGGCAAUGUCGGCCCUGGAGGCGGGCAACCCCAAAAUGGACGCGGCCGCCUCGCCCGCGGCCGACCGGCCCACGCUGGAUGCGCUGCUCGCGGAUCUGGAUCUCACGGCACCCCUGGCGGAUCUGGGCGCAGCUGGACUGCUGGCGGUGCUCGACCAGCUGCUGGCGAUGGAGGCCAGCUGGCACACUGGCAGCAGCGCCAUGCAAACCGUGUACGGUUGCUUGUACAUGCUGCGGAUGGAGAGGGUGAAGGAGCACGACUCGGCGGUCGCGAGGGCGCUGUACGCGUUCUGCCGAUCGCUGCAGUGCGAAUGCGCGGCGGUGCGGGACCUGAUCAUCAAGGGCGGCGUGUGCGAGGAGGAGGACAUGAACCUGCUGGUGGGCGGCAUUCCCUUCGAGCCGCCGGCGGGAGCCGACGCCGAGGCGCUGGCGGCGUUGGACGCAGCCAUUGCGGAGCAGGGCCAGCUAGCUAAGGAGGCGGAGGAGGCGCGGCUGACCGGCAAUAGCAGCAGCGGCGGGGGCAGCGGUGGCGCGGUGCACUCGGCGCUGCGGCUGCGGCUGCAGCUGCGGCGGGUGCUGCACGUGGGGCUGCGGGAGGCGGGCUCAGAUGACCCCGCGGAGGUGGUGGCGUCAGCGGCGCUCUUCAAGGAGGCGAGGGAGCUGCUCCCCAAGAUCGGGGAAAGCGCCAGCCUAGCUUCCCCGCUGCCGCCCCAGGCAAACGGCGCAUCGCUGGCGCCUUCGACCUCGUCAAAGCCGGACACGCAGCAACAACAGCAACACCAGCUGCCUCGGGGGUUCUACGUAGAUGCCAACCGCCACCUAUUAGGGCCGGCGCCGCCGCGUCAGGUGCAGAUCAUGUCGCUGGCGGAUUCGUUGUCGUACUUUGACCGGCUGUUUGACCACCUGGCGCUGGCGGUGGUGGUGUCGGAGCAAGCCUGGGACUACCGGUCGCUGCAGCUGCACGUGUGGCGCUUCGCCCGCCUCAAGCCGGCGGUGGUGGCGCGCUCCAUGCUGCACUGGCUCAUCAGCCCCGACCGCUGGCAGAACAUCCGGACAGCCGAGGAGUCCUCCGCCAGCGCCAGCAGCAGCGGUGGCGGCGGCACGGGCCGAGGCAGGGGCGGCAAGGGCGGUCGCGGCGGCAAGGCGGGCGCCGGCGCCAGCAGCGGCAACGGCGCACCGGCCCAGCCGCCGCUGCCUGCCUGGGUGCUGUCCAAGGCGAUGAUCGCGGGGGCGUGCCUGGUGGCGGUGAAGCCGGGGCUGCCGGAGGAGGUGGACAUGUUCCUGGAGCAGGCCGUCAUCGCGGCCUCCAACUGGUUCCAGGCGCUGCUCAUGAACCGCUGCCGCUGCCGGCGGCGGCUGCGGCGCUGCUUGGAGGACUGGCUCAACAUGUUCCACCACGGCUUCAACGCGGACGUGCUGCCCGCCUUCCACGACCACCUGCGGGCCAGCGGCUGGCGCUGGAGGCCCAUCGAGGGCGCGGAGGAGCAGGGCCCGUUCAGCACCUGGGUGGAGUACGAGACGGCGGCUACCAUGCUGCACCACCUGCUCAUGGGCUUUGAGCUGGAGCUGUACGAGCCGCGCGAGUACGACAUGAUCGUGUGGUACUGUGACUACCUCUGCAGUCAGGCCGUGUCCGCGGGGCGCGAGCUGGUGCUACGCGCGCCGCCGCCCACGCCGCCGCAGCUGCCGGGCGGACUGGGCGGCGGCCGCGGCGCGGGCGGCCGCGGCGGCGGCCGCGGGCUGGGCCGGGGGCUGGGCAACAACAAGGACGCAGCGGCUACAGCGCUGGCGAUGGCGCGAUACGAGAAGAGCCAGGCCCAGCACCGCUACGAGCUGGUGGAGUUGGAGGCGUUCCAGCUCAUGUGCAGCGGCCUGGUGCGGCUGCUGGUGGGGCUGCGAGUGGCGGGCUCCAUUCCCGAGCCGCCCUUCCCGCCGCCCUUCAACGGCGGUGCACAGCGCUUCGACCAGCGCUUCGGCGCCUUCUUCACCAUGGUUCGGCCGGUGCCGCUGAGCCACGCCGAGUUCGUGGAGUCCAUGAACCCGGGCGACCGGGACGCGAGCUUCCUGUUCAGCCUGGCUUCGCGCGCCUUCGCCGAGGCGCGCGCCCGCUGCGCGGCACUGAAGACGCUGGCGCCCAGCCCCGAGGUGGCGGAGGGAUGGGUGAAGGGGCUGGACCGGGCGGCGGCGCUAAACCAGGUGGUGUCGGGCGUGCUGGCAGCCAAGGCGGCGGCGGGCGGCAAGAUCGUGUGGACAAGUGACUUCUCGCACCACCCCUACUUCCCAGCCAUUUCGCUGCCCAAGCCCACGGCGGCACCGGCAGCGGCCAAGGAGGGCGCCGAGAAGAAGUGAAGCUAACAUAUGGGGGCUGCUUGUUAGUGAGGGUCGACACCAGGGCAUGGCGGAUACCUGUGUCGACGGUGUGCACAUGAGAGUAUCCCCGUGUGGGGUUGGGUGGGGUGGCCGUCCAUGCAAGACGUACGAGGGCAACACGUGGCAUGAGUCAGGGUUCUACAGUGUCACUGCUCAAUUGCAUGUUAUGCUGUGAUGUUUGAGUAUGGACUGCUGGCAAGGUGGCAACCGGGGCGCGUUGGUCCGAAUCACAUUGACUGUGCAUGGGGGGGGGGGGCAGGGCUUUGGGGCUAACUGCAAAGGCGGACGGUGCCUGGUUCACGUGACAUGUCUCAAUGUCUCAAUUGGAACUGAACGGACGUUUUGGGUACCGCGGCUUCGGGUGUGGUGCGGCGUGAAUUCGAUACUGGUGUGGUGUGCGGAGCACUGCAAAGCGCGGCGACGUCAUGUGCAUUUAGCGCAGCAACAAUGGUGCUUGUCGGCCUGGGGAUGGCUCGGUGCAGACUGCAGGGGUCCAGGCUCCAGCAUCAGCAACUGUGCCCCUAAAAGCACGUACUGCUCCGCAUGGACUCAUGGUUGAGGGCGGCGGCGCGAUGAGCUGUUGCAGCAGCAGGAUGGAUGGGUUGAUGCAAGUCUGCGGACGCGAAUUGAGCAACUGUAACCAGCUGCAACG